CCGAAAUCUAGAUUGUCGAUCUCUUCAAUUCGCUUUUCUUUUUUCCAAUCCAGAUCAAGAAUAAGGUCCAAAACUUUGUUUAUUUCACAAAAUAGUAUUUUUUUAAUAGGAAGGUAGCGGUCCUUGUCUGGGUAUUUUCCACUUCUUUUCCUAAGAUUUCUCAGACAUGCAUUUAUUAAUCUGAAUAUCCUCAAGAACCCACCUCUGUUUCUGUGCCAUCUCUAUACACACGCAGAGAGAGAGAGAGAGAGAGAGAGUAUUUAGAGAGAGAAAGAGAGGGAGAGAGAGAGUGAGAUGCUGCAGUUAUACAGCUUGCGGCCAUUGAUUUCAUCGAGAAAUCAAGAAUCGAGUUGGGUUUCUUCUAAGAGAAAGUCAAGGCUGUGCCGCUGCAGGUGGAUCCCCAUUACAACAUUUCGUUUAGAUAAUUUGCUAGUUAACAACAGAGAAAAAUGGAAGAGUAUUUCCAGAAUAACACAGAGGAAGUUGGGCCCUUCAAUGAAAAUAAGUAUUUCCAGCAAACUGAAUAGUCUCCCGACAGUGGACCUGAAGAAUAGUCCCCAGCCUGUGCAGGAUUGGGGAGCUAAACUCCUUAUGGCAUCCCUCUCAUCUUAUUUCAUAGUUAGAUUGAUACACAUAAAUAGCACAAAUGCAGCCAUGAACGUGGUUCAAGAAUCAUUUCAUUAUGCUGUUCGAACAUUUGCAGCUUCAAGUUUGCCUUUUGCUUGCAUGUCUAAUUCAUUGAGUAAACCAACACCGCUCCAAUUGGAUGUUUCUUUGCCUUCAUUUCAAGACGUCAGAUGGAGUUUUGCUCGAUUAAUUUAUUUGUUCAACAUACAACUUGAGAGAAACGUUGCCACGUUCUUUAUUGUGCUCCUUGCAGCAUGCUUCUCGUUUGUCAUUAUUGGUGGUUUCCUCUUCUUUAAGUUCAGGGGUAGCACUCAGUCUCUUGAGGAUUGCUUCUGGGAGGCUUGGGCUUGCCUGUGUUCAUCAUCCACUCAUCUGAAACAAAGAACUCGAAUUGAACGUGUCAUUGGCUUUGUUCUUGCUAUAUGGGGCAUAUUAUUCUAUUCUCGGCUAUUGAGCACAAUGACUGAACAAUUUAGGAAUAAUAUGCACAGACUCAGAGAAGGGGCACAAGUGCAAGUUUUGGAGACUGAUCAUAUAAUUAUUUGUGGAGUUAACAAUCGCCUGAGCUUUGUGUUGAAGCAGUUGAAUAAGUACCAUGAAUUCGCCGUUCGCUUGGGCACUGCUACUGCUAGGAGACAGAGAAUUCUUCUUUUGUCUGACCUCCCGAGGAAACAGAUGGACAAAUUGGCUGACAACAUAGCCAAAGAUCUCAAUCAUAUUGAUAUUCUAACAAAAAGUUGUAGUCUAAGUUUAACGAAGUCAUUUGAAAGAGCUGCAGCAAAUAAAGCACGUGCCAUAAUUAUAUUACCAACAAAGGAAGAUCGGUAUGAAAUUGACUCAGAUGCAUUUCUGUCUGUGCUUGCUCUUCAACCCCUUCCUCUGAUGGCCUCUGUGCCUACUAUAGUUGAGGUUUCAAGUUCAAAUACACGAGACCUCUUAAAAUCAAUCUCAGGAUUGAAAGUAGAACCUGUGGAGAAUGUGACAUCCAAAUUAUUUGUUCAAUGCUCUCGGCAGAAAGGACUUAUUAAAAUAUACAAACACUUGCUCAACUAUCGAAAAAACGUAUUCAAUCUUUGCAGUUUUCCUCACUUAGCAGGACUAGGUUACAGGCAAUUGAGGCGUGGAUUCCAGGAGGCUGUUGUUUGUGGUCUUUAUCGAGAUGGAAAGAUAUACUUUCACCCAAAUGAUGAAGAAGUUCUGAAAGAAACUGAUAAGGUGUUGUUCAUUGCGCCCGUGCAUGGGAAGAAGAAACCACUGCUCUCGUAUCCGCACGAUGUCCAAGACAGUGAUAACUCAAUCAAUAGUCUGGAGACCCUCAAGCAAAAUAGUGAAUUCCUUAAUCAAGCACUGGAUGUCACAAGAAAGAGGCUGGAAAACAUAGUGAAAAGACCAAAAAGAUCAGGUUCAAAGGCAUCAGACGGAAGCGUAGGUCCAAAAGAGUGUAUACUAGUGCUCGGAUGGCGCCCUGACGUUGUAGAAAUGAUUCAAGAAUACGAUAAUUAUCUUGGACCUGGCAGCGUUUUGGAAAUUCUGUCAGAUGUUCCUUUGGAUGAAAGAUACAAGGCAUGCAAGCUUGCCAGUCAAGGAAAGCUGAAAAAUGUUCAAGUUUCCCACAGAGUUGGAAAUCCAAUGGAAUACGAUACCCUAGAGGAUACAAUUAUCAACAUUCAGAGGUCCUUCAAGAAAGAAGAAGAUUGUCCAUUUUCAAUAGCUGUAAUAUCUGAUAAAGAGUGGCAAGUUGGAGACCCAUCAAGGGCAGAUAAAAACUCAGCAUACUCUCUUCUUCUUGCUGAAAGUAUCUGCGGUAAACUUGGAGUAAAGGUGCACAAUCUUGUAGCCGAAAUCGUGGAUUCCAAAUUGGGGAAACAGAUUACGAGGAUCAGACCAUCCCUAACAUAUAUUGCAGCAGAGGAAGUAAUGAGCCUAGUGACAGCACAAGUGGCUGAAAAUAGCGAACUGAAUGAGGUUUGGCAAGACGUUCUCAAUGCAGAGGGAGAUGAAAUAUACGUAAAGGACAUCGGCCUCUACAUGAAACGAGGAGAGAAUCCGUCCUUCAACGAGCUAUCAGAAAGAGCAAAUCUACGCAGAGAAGUUGCUAUUGGCUACGUUAAAAACAAUAAGAAGGUGAUAAACCCGGUUCCCAAGUCGGAGCCUCUAAGUCUUGAAGCGACCGACGCAUUGAUUGUGAUAUCUGAGCUUGAAGGAGAACAACCAGUGGUUAUGUAGUAUCUGUUUGUUCAUGGCUGGGAACUGAAGGUUGAUAGCAGAGGACAAUUUUUCAAGGCAAAAUAAGGCUUUUUUGAUCAAAUUUAGGUAAACAUGGUUUAGAAAUAUGUAAUUCUUUUUCGAAUAAUGCAUUUUCACAUGAAUCCCAUCAUGUACACAGUGGAUAGUUGUGAUUGUUUUGUGACUCUGAACUUAUGAAAGUGUAAUUUAUUAGAAAGAGACAUACCUCAAGCACUUAUGCAUACAUCAAGUACAUUUUAGA